AGGUGGAGGACUGCCCAGCUUAGGGAUGAGGGAGAGGGAAGACAGUGACCCCACCUGCCCAGGGGGAGCUGCAGAUUUCAUGCUCAGCCCUCGUUCUGUCACAGGUAACACAGCAGCUUCUGCCUGCUCUGACCUCUGUGACCUUUCCAGCUAACCCUUCUUAGUCUUUUGGGAGUGGCUGGUCAGCACCUUGUUAGCCACACUGGGACCCUGGUUGGUGCAGGAGAGAGGAUCCAAGGCCUCUGGGAUGAAUUGUGGAAUCCUCUCCAUCUUCAGCCCCUGCCUUGCCUCAGGAUUUGUGGCGCCUCCUCCUGUGUCCAUGUACGCUGCCUCAGGUUGUUGGGAACUUGAAAAUCUUCAGGAAGAAGGCAUUGGAAUGAGAAAUUCAUAUUGGGAAACUUGCCCAUCUCCCCGUAGAUUAUCCUCCUGGGAGCUGACAAAGUGGUUGGAGGGCAGGACGUUUCUGAACCGUCCACCUGGGGAUUUCCUUGGCAUCAGCCUGAGUGAGCUGAGUGAGCUCAUGACUGAGGGAAGCGGGGUGAGAGGCUGCGUGGCGUUGAGGAACAGCUGGUCGAGACAAAGGCUGGUGUUAGCCCCCACCAUGCCGUGGCCCCUGCUGCUGCUGCUGCUGCUGGCUGUGAGUAGGGCCCAGACAACACGGCCAUGCUUUCCCGGGUGCCAGUGCGAGGUGGAGACCUUCGGCCUUUUCGACAGCUUCAGCCUGACUCGGGUGGAUUGCAGCGGCCUGGGCCCCCACAUCGUGCCGGUGCCCAUUCCUCUGGACACAGCCCACCUGGACCUGUCCUCUAACCGGCUAGAGAUGGUGAACGAGUCAGUGUUGGCGGGGCCGGGCUACACGACGCUGGCUGGCCUGGAUCUCAGCCACAACCUGCUCACCAGCAUCUCACCCACUGCCUUCUCCCGCCUUCGCUACCUGGAGUCACUGGACCUCAGCCACAAUGGCCUGACGGCCCUGCCAGCUGAGAGCUUCACCAGCUCACCCCUGAGCGACGUGAACCUUAGCCACAACUGGCUCCGGGAGGUCUCAGUGUCCGCCUUCACGACCCACAGUCAGGGCCGGGCAUUACAUGUGGACCUCUCCCACAACCUCAUUCACUGCCUCGUGCCCCACCCCAGGAGUGCCGGCCUGCCCAUGCCUACCAUUCAGAGCCUGAACCUGUCCUGGAACCAGCUCCAUGCCGUACCCAACCUCCGAGACUUGCCCCUGCGCUACCUGAGCCUGGAUGGGAACCCUCUGGCUGUCCUUGGUCCGGGUGCCUUUGCGGGGCUGGCAGGCCUUACACACCUGUCUCUGGCCAGCCUGCAGGGGCUCCCCGAGCUGGCGCCCUAUGGCUUCCAGGAUCUUCCAGGCCUGCAGGUCCUGGACCUGUCAGGCAACCCCAAGCUCAACUGGGCAGGAGCUGAGGUGUUCUCAGGCCUGGGCUCCCUCCAGGAGCUGGACCUUUCGGAUACAAACCUGGUCCCCCUGCCUGAGGCGUUGCUCCUCCACCUCCCGGCACUGCAGAGCAUCAGUGUGAGCCAGGAUGUGCGGUGCCGGCGCGUGGUGCGGGAGGGUGCCUACCCCCGGAGGCCUGGCUCCAGCCCCAAGGUGGCCUUGCACUGCGUAGACACCCGGGAAUCUGCUGCCAAGGGCCCCAACAUCUUGUGACGAAUGGUGUGGCCUGGGGCCACGUAACAGACUGCUGUCCUGGGCUGCCUCAGGUCCAGAGUAACUUAAGUUCAAUGUGCCGACACAAGUGGGGAGCCCACAGGCCUAUGUGGUGGCGUCACCGCAGGAGUCUUGGACCGAGGAGAGACUUUGGACCUGGGACUCACACCCAGGAACAAAGUCUCGCCCCUUUGUCUACGUUGCUCCCCCAAACCAUGAGCAGAGGGACUUCAAUGCCAAACCAGACUCUGGUCCCCUCCUGCUUCCCUUCCUCACUUAUCCCCCAAGUGCCUUCCCUCAUGCCUGGGCCAGCCUGACCCUCGACAGGCAGAGGGUGGGUAAGACCCCCCACUGCAGGGCAGAGUUCAGGUCCACUGGGCUGAGUGUCCCCUUGGGCCCAUGGCCCGGUCACUCAGGGGCAUGAGUUUCUUUUCUGACACAGCCCUUUCUUUGCCAUGGGCUCCUCAUGAGGCCCACUUCAUCCUUUACUCUAUUUCCCUGGAACCUUAUGGUAGAAGAAAUUGCAAAGAAUCAAGUCCACCCUCCUCAUGUGACAGAUGGGGAAACUGAGGCCUCGAGAAGGAAAAAGUCUAAUCUGAGUUCUUACGGGGCAGUGGCAUGACUGGAGCACAGCCUCCUUCCUCCCAGUCCCAGCCCAUUGCACUUUCUUGUCUCCUCUAAUAAGCCCUCCCCUCCUCACCUGGGCUCCUCUUGCUGCCCUUGCCCUUUCCCCAUUAGCCCAGGAGUAGCAGCAGCAGGACAGGCAAGAGCCCCACCAGUGGGAUUCUGGGCCUGGCGACCAGCUGUGUGGCAUGGGCUAAGUCACUCUCCUUUGGUGCCUCUGGUAGCUUAGGGCACAUCAGAUCCAGCCUAGCCAGUUUCUCACCCUGGGUUGGGGUCCCCCAGCAUCCAGACUGGAAACCUACCCGUUUUCCCGAGUAUCCUCGAGAUGCUCCCCCAAGGAGCUGCUGCAGUUCCGGAAAGUACCUGGCCAGGAGCUCUGACGGGCCUCCUGGAUUCAGUCCCCACUGGCGACAGCCCUUCUUACCCUCCCAGGAAUGCCGUGAAAGGAGGCAGGGUCUCCCCCACCCAUGUUCUCUACUCCCAGGGUAGCAUCUCAGCUUCCCAGCCCUGGGCUCUUUGCUUAGUCUUCAUUUAAUAAAAGUUGUUGCCUUUUUAAUGGACUGUCACUUUCAACCCGCAUCCCCCACCCCUGCUGGCAGGAGAUGGAGACAUGUCAUUUGUAAAAGAAGAAAAAGGUUGCAUUUGUUCACUUUUGUAAUAUUGUCCUGGGCCUGUGUUGGUGGUGUUGGGGGAAGCUGGGCAUCAGUAGCCUCGUGGGCAUCAGGGGCUGGCCCCACAGAGACCCCACAGGGCAGUGAGCUCUGUCUUCUCCCACCUGCCUAGCCCAGCAUCUAUCUGACUGGUCCUUGACUUAAUAAAUACUAUAAAGAGUUCUUUGCUU